AGAUCAGGUAGUCACAUUUCUGUAUUUUACUCACAGGCUUAUUGGCCUAUUUUAUGAUUUAACAUUUUGUCUUUUGUAUUUAAAAAAAUAUAAGGAAAUAUGAAGUUAUUGCAUCUGUUGCAUCGUAAGAGAGAGGUCUAUGACUGCAGAUCUCUUCUGAAAUUUUGAUUCCAGAGAUUCGGCUUCCGAAUUUUUGCAAUUUCCUUUGGUAUGUGUAGUUCAUAUUAUUGUGAACAAAUCUGUCCGAUCAUUGGAUUCGCCUUCUAAAAGCAGACAAAUAGGUGUGUUUCUGUGUUCAUAAAUUGUAUUACUAGUUCCUUGCUCCAUGCCACGGCGGUUUCCUUCCCUUCCUUGAAGGUCCUCCGUUCAUUCAUUCUCCUGCACGACUCUUUUGUUCAAUGAGGCUAGACUAGAGUCAGCCAAUCACAUUAGGUUUCUCAGACUCAUGGUGAACUGUGUUCGUUUUCCGCCUAUGUCUAAGUUGUUAGCAUCUGGCAGCACUGGCUGCUAAGAUAAGCAACAAAACCUUAGUGCCUAAACUAUUCAGAUACCCAAAAGUAGCCGAAAUAAAUAGGGGAGACACCUACCUCUAACCCGUAAAUUAGUUCAAACUAUUUCGCCUGUAAGUAAAGCCAGAGGGGCUGACGAUGUCCGACAGUGCGGGCUUGCAGUUUGUCAGCCCGUAUGCCUUUGAGGCCAUGCAGAAGGUGGACGUGGCUCGGCUGGCUGCUCUAAGCGACCCAGAGCUGAGGCUGCUUCUCCCCUGCCUGGUGCGAAUGGCCCUCUGCGCCCCUGCAGACCAAAGCAAAGCCUGGGCCCAGGAUAAGAAACUGAUUCUCAGACUGCUUUCUGGUGUGGAGGCAGUGAACUCCAUUGUGGCUCUGCUUUCAGUAGACUUCCAUGCUCUGGAGCAGGACGCCAGGAAGGAACAGCAGCUCAGACACAAAGCUGGUGGCUCUAAUGGGGAGAGUAUGCUGGUGUCUCAGCUGCAGCGCGGCCUAACGCUGGACUUCGAGCACAGCGACCCCCUGCACAGGCUGAGGCUCGCCCUCAGUGAGCUGCUGGCCAUCAUGAACAAGGUUACUGAUUCCAAUGGGGAGUUUUUUCUGAAGUCUUCAGAGCUGUUUGAGAGCUCAGUGUACCUGGAUGAACUCGCAGACGUCCUCUGUAUCCUUCAAGCAGAGCUCCCGUCCUUGUUGCCCAUUGUUGAUGUGGCUGAAGCGCUGCUUCACGUUCGUAAUGGAGACUGGUUUCUAUGCUUGCUUGUUGCCAAUGUCCCUGACAGCUUUAAUGAAGUGUGCAGAGGUCUGAUUAAGAGUGGCGAGCGGCAGGAUGAGGAGAGUGUCGGUGGUCGCCGGCGGACCGAGGCUCUCCGGCAGCUCUGUCAGAUGCACCCCACUCAGGCCCUCAACAUCCGCGCCAUGGUGGUGGAGGAGUGUCAUCUGCCUGGCCUGGGCGUGGCGCUGACGCUGGACUAUAAGCCGGACUCGGGCGACGAGGCGGUCAGUCUUCUGGUGUCGUUCGUCAGCGGACUCCUGCUGGGCACCAACAGCAAAGUGCGCACCUGGUUCAGCAUGUUCAUCCGCAAUGGCCAGCAGAGGAAGCGCGAGAGCAGCUCGGUGCUGUGGCAGAUGCGCAGGCAGCUGCUCCUGGAGCUGGUGGCCAUCCUGCCGCGCUCCCGCAGCACCCACGUGCCCAACGACAGCGAGGGCGACUCCGCCCGGGGCCGGGGUGGGGGCGGCGCCAGGGGGUACUCGGGCCUGAGGGAAGAGCACGUGGUCAAGGCCAGCGCCCUGCUGCGCCUCUACUGCGCCCUCAUGGGCAUCGCUGGGCUCAGGCCUACAGAUGAGGAGGCAGAGCAGCUCCUCCAGCUGAUGACGAGUCGUCCUCCCGCCACCCCCGCUGGCGUGCGCUUCGUCUCUCUGGCCUUCUGCAAGUUACUGGCCUUCCCCACUCUAGUCAGCACCCCGGAGCAGGAACAGCUGAUGGUGAUGUGGCUCAGCUGGAUGAUCAAAGAGGAGGAGUACUUUGAAAGUGCUGCUGGAGUGUCUGCCUCCUUUGGAGAGAUGCUGUUGCUGGUCGCCAUGUAUUUCCACAGCAACCAGUUGAGUGCCAUCAUUGAGCUGGUGUGUUCUACACUGGGAAUGAAGAUUGCCAUUAAGCCAAGCUCUCUGAGCAAGAUGAAGACCAUUUUCACCCAGGAGAUCUUCACUGAACAGGUGGUCACUGCCCAUGCAGUGCGGGUGCCCGUCACCAACAACCUGAGUGCCAACAUCACAGGCUUCCUGCCUGUCCACUGCAUCUACCAGCUGCUGAGGAGCCGGGCCUUCACCAAACACAAGGUCUCCAUCAAGGACUGGAUCUUCAGACAGCUGUGUGAGAGCUCCACCCCUCUGCACACUCAGCUCCUCCCACUCAUUGACGUCUACAUCAACUCCAUUCUCACGCCCGCCUCCAAGGCCAACCCCGAGGCCACCAACCAGCCAAUCACAGAACAGGAGAUCCUCAACGUCUUCCAGGGAGUAACUGGGGGGGAGGGUGGGCGCGGUCGCUCGCGCUUCAGCAUCACGGCUCAGCUCCUCAUCCUCUACUACAUCCUGUCCUACGAAGAGGCUCUGCUGGCCAACACCAAGGCACUGGCCCAGAUGCAGAAGAAGCCCAGGUCCUACUCUGCAGCCUUGAUGGACCAGAUUCCCAUUAAAUACCUCAUUGGCCAGGCACAGGGGCUGCAGAAAGAGCUUGGGGGUUUGCACUCGGCUCUGUUGCGUCUGCUGGCCACUAACUACCCUCACCUGUGUAUGGUGGAGGACUGGCUGCAGGAGGAGGAGGUGACGGGCACACUGCCCUUGCUGCGGAGGAUACUUCUGACCAGCCCCACCUGCCCAUACACACACACACAGCUGCAGGAGGCGUUUCAGAAGCUGCCAUCUAGCCAGACACGACUGAUGGAGAUGCUGGGCCACCUGACUCUGCUAUCGCCUAGCGACCUGAUCCCGUACGCCGAGGCCCUGACUGCCAGCAUGGGGCUGCUGCUGGAAGAGGGGGUCCCCCGAAAAGUGCUGCAGAUGCUCAACAGGCUGUGGCUGGUGCUCAACACAGUCAUGCCUCGCAGGCUGUGGGUGAUAACGGUGAACGCCCUGCAGCCCUGCGUGAAGCUCCUGAGGAAGCCCCGCUACACCCAGAACGACCUGAUGGUGGACCCCAUCAUCGUGCUGCGCUGUGACCCCAGGGUCUUCAGGUGUCCUCCACUCAUGGACAUCACCCUGCACAUGUUGAACGGCUACCUGCUGGCCUCCAAGGCCUACCUGAACGCCCACCUGAAGGAGAUGGCGGACAUGGAGCGGCAGACGCAGACCAUCUCCAACCUGGGCCUGAGCGGCCAACAAGCCGACACGCCCGAGGUCACCCGCGAGGAGCUGAAGAACGCCCUCCUCUCCGCACAGGACAGUGCCGCAGUGCAGAUCCUGCUUGAGGUUUGUCUUCCCACUGCGGGGGAGGAGCAAGGACCGGGGAGCGGGGGUGACAGCCUGCUCCACCGAAUGAGGGGCAACAAAGCCAAGUCCUCCGGCGAUGUGACUGCUGCCAUGGAGGAGGAGGAGGAGGAGGAGGAGGAAGAGGGUGGCUUGCUUAGCAACCUGAGGGAGGUGCAGUGUCUCAUCUGCUGCCUGCUGCAUCAGAUGUUCAUCGCAGACCCCAACAUCGCUAAGCUGGUGCACUUCCAGGGUUACCCCCAGGCGCUUCUGCCACUCACCGUAGCGGGAAUUCCCUCCAUUCACAUCUGUCUGGACUUCAUCCCAGAGCUGCUGGCCCAGCCUCAGCUGGAGAAACAGAUCUUUGCCAUUCAACUGCUGUCUCACCUGUGCACCCAGUACGCCUUGCCCAAGUCCCUGAGCGUGGCACGCCUGGCUGUUAGUGUCAUGGGCACACUCCUCACAGUGCUGACUCGAGAGAGGCGCUACUCGUUCUUCAUGCCCACCCUGCCCUGCCUGGUAUCCUUCUGCCAGGCCUUCCCGCCACUCUACGAGGACGUCUUCGCCCUGCUGGUACAGGUGGGCCAGGUGUGUGCCGCGGACGUCGCCACUGAGGAGAGGGACAUCGAUCCGCUCAUUGCCCGGCUGCAGUAUCUGAAGGAGAAACCCCAGGAUGCUGUGUCCAUACUGGGCCUGUCCAAACACACCUCGCCCAAGAGAGCUUCCUUCGCCCUGUGGGGAACCGACCCCGACGUCCAGCUUUGCUACCAGAUAGAGACGACCUUCAUGGACAUCAUCCAGGCCAGCGUGCAGACAGACCAGUGAUGGUGAUGGUGAGAGCCAGAACCGUGGCCAUGACAACCAGAGCAGUCACCGUGACAACCAGACCUGAGACUGUGAAAACCAGAGGAGUGACCCUGACAAACCAAAGCAGAGACCUUGACAAACCAGAGGAGCAGAGACAAGGAAUGAUCUUUUUGUAAACUGUGUGUUUGUGUGUGUCAUGAAUUCAUCGCCCAGUUCCUCGUGAAUGGUAGCCAGGUAGGGAAUAUGAGUUGUAUGAAGGAUGCCUGUGAAGACGUUGGUUCUUGUUUGACAUGGAAGAGAACAAGCUCAUGCGGUAGUGAGAUAUUAUUGGUCUGUUUUCUUGACCACUGUACAAAUCUUUUCCAACGAAUUGUAAAAAAAUAAAAAAAAUAAUGUGUUUUUAGUUUUGUAAGCACUGACCUUUUUUUUAGACUUUGCAUUAAAAUGUGUGAAAGAUUUUCUGUGAAGAUGUUGUUAUUGUGAUUACUACUUUUAACAUUCUAGAAGGACAGAUGUGAUGUGUUAUGGACAUUUUCAGUGACUGUGAAUCAACAUGAGAUCACAAGAAAGCUCCAGCACUGUGUAAUUAGAGCCAUUUUCACUAUAAGUAAAAAAAAAAACAUGGAUACAGCAGGAAGGAAAACUAACUAUUGUAAGCUUUUUUUCUGUGACACAUUUUGAUUAUUGUGCGUACGCGUGUGUACGAGUGUGUGUUUGAAUAGGCUUGGACAGUCGACCCAACCCAUUUGUGCUGCUGUUCUCAUGGUCAGGGAGAGUUGGUGCUAGUUGAACUGGAAAAUUUACGUUUGCAUUUUAUCGAUUGGUUGAGUUAAUUGAUUGAUAGAUUGCUUGCUUGAUUGGUUGACGGUUCUUCAUCAGGUCAAUGUUUGUUUUCCUUCCCAGAUUUUUUGCCAUACAGCUGUUGUCUCAUCUGUGCACCCAGUAGUCUACGCCCUGCCCAAGUCUUGGGCUGUGGUCGAAUAGUCAAAAUUGCAUCUAAUCUCCUUUCCUAACCACUUUUCCUUGACCUCGAUGGAAAACGUCAUGAGUGAGUAAGUAUGUGAGGAGAAUUCAUAAGGAAUUAGGACAUGACAACUGUGUGCUCAGGAAAUGCCACUGCACUUACACUAGGCUCUGUAAUUAUGUGAUGGUGGAUGUUGAAAUGUUCCUGCCACAAAGCUUUGUGGGACAGCAUUGUCUCCUUUCCUUCUGUAAAGGACUGUCCAGUGUGCCCUAUGCUGAAGGAGAUAAGAAAGGAAGCUUUGGGCAGGAAGAUAAUAUGUAAAAGAGUGUACAUGUAUUCCGGGUUUAUCAAAGAAAGUGUGGCAAAAGACAAAAACUCAUCUGUUAAAAUGAACAAGGAAAAACUUUCGAAAGCUGUAGUAUGUUUGUGAUAACCUAGGGUGCAAUAGAAUAUAAAAUAUUAUUGCCAACUCUAAACAAUCCCUGGAAAUACUCUGAUCUAAACCGUAACUCUGUAAAGCCUUAUCAAGAUCUAUUUGUAUUUCUUGUAUUCAGUAGAAACAGUUUGGUGUAACGAUUAUUUACGAUGGUCCAAGACUAUUAAGAUGGUUUGUCCACGGACUAGAUCUGGAUUUCCAGUAAUAUCGGCGGCUAUGAGGGACAAAGUCAACCAAAGGCUUUCAUUAAAUGAUAUUUGUUCAGUCGGAUGCGAAGGGGGAGAUUUCAGACCGGAGUUGAUAGACCUUGCAGAUCUGCGUGUUUGUCUGCUGAAACAUAAUAUCUUAUUAAAGGAACCAAUCUUGGUAAA